CGCCGUUCUAGGAUUCAAGAACGCUUGGCCUAUCUGAGCUCCAUUAGCCUCACUUGGCGGUUCCGGUGCCGCGCUGGCCGUUCGUUCCUUUUGGAGAUGCGGUGACGAGUUCGGCUUUGGCUCGUGGGGCGGCCGUCAUGGCUAAUGUGUAUUCCCUGGACGGGCUCUUGGUCUUCGGCUUGCUCUUCGUUUGCACCUGCGCCUACUUCCGGAAGGUGCCUCGCCUGAAAACCUGGCUUCUCUCGGAGAAGAGGGGCGUCUGGGGCGUAUUUUACAAAGCGGCAGUCAUUGGUACCAGACUUCAUUCAGCAGUGGCAAUAUCCUGUAUUGUCAUGGCUUUUUAUGUCCUCUUUAUAAAAUGAAUCCCACAGCUUCAGUUGGACAACUGUUUAAAUGAAGACACUAUGCUCUUUUGCUUCAGAGGACUGUACCUCCUAGCAGAAUUCACAAGAACCUACACAGAUGGCAAGAAGAAAUUCUUCUGUGGCCACGUCUUGCUUGAGACGAAGGGAAUGUUGUUUAGAGAGAGUUUCAACAAAAAUCCAAAGAUUGUUUUAUGUACAGAUUAUUAAAAUUAAUAUUUGUCUAUACAAGAGAAAUACCACAGGUUUGUGGCAAGUAGAAAUGAGUGAUGCUUUUUCCAGAGUUUGAUAUAACAUGGAAGUGGAAAGGUUACUCUGGUGUUUCUUUUGUUCCCAAAAUGUAGCAUUGAAAGGCUAUAGAUUUUUUUUUUUCUUUGAUUACUGCACUUUGAACCCAAACUCAUUAUAACAGGAAUAACUGAAGAUGAGAAACUAGCCAAUGAUAGAACAAAAGGUGUGUAUUGUGGAAUUCUUGAAGAAUUGAAACAUAAAGGAAACAAAAUACAGUUUGGUGAUGUACACUUAUCUUUUGCUAUAAUUAAUCUUACCAUCUCAUAAAUAAAUUCUGAGUAUGGUUAAAAUGCUAUGUUAUUUUGUAGACCCAGUUUGCAACUAAGAAUUUAAAAUGUGGUAUGGUAUAGGAGAAAACUGGGAGCAUAUGCUGUUACAUAAGAUGUGAGAUGCUAACAUGUUUAAAUUACAUUUAAAGAUAACAUGUAUAUUUUGAGAAGUGUACAUACUUAAAGAUUUGUUCUAGUCUUUAUUAUACUUUUAAAUUUUCCUCAUUCCAUUCUUGAUAGUAACCUCCUAUCACCAUGUGCUUGAAGUGUAGGAGAUUCUCUUCUAAAAUAGGAGUAUUACUGUAAAAGAGCAUGUUUGACUUGCCUGUUUAAAGUUUAUAAUGUUGUAAGCAUCAGACUGAUUCAGAAAGAUUCAAAGUUGGCAUUAAACAAUUUUAAUACAUUGUUUUAUAUAUCAGUUUAACCUGGGAAAGCCAAGUUUCUUUUUCAACAUUGUACAUUUUGUCACAGUACUAAUUACAUAUUUAUAAAUCAGCAAGAACACUGAAGCCAUAAUUUGGCCUUUGGUAUUCCAGCAAUAUGUGCUUGAAUAAAUUUGCCUUUUUUGAUCUUCCUUGUA